UUGAGUUAGAAGAACUGUUUCAGUUAUUCAAUCAAGACGCCCUCGACAAAGCUGUCAUCAGUUGCUACUGCCUGUAAGUGAUUUAUUUGUGUAAUUAAGUUUGUAGCUCAUUCAUUUGCACUAACAAUUAUCCUCAUUAUAUUCUUUGUGUACGCUAUACAUUUAAUUAUGCAGAAUGAAGAAGCUGGAAUACAAAAGAGGCAAGCUCCUACCGCUGGGGUUCAUAGACCCAAACACAGUUCAUGAAGUUACGGUUCGAGACUUCGCCAAGGACACAGAGGACAACAUCGUAAUGUUUUUAGAGAAGCAAGCAGACAAAGAGGAUAUAUUCUUUCCCUACAACUUCAAUUUCCAUUUUAUUCUCCUAAUCAUUGAUCUUCACCUUGGAGUCGUAAACGUCAUGGACUCGAAACGUAAAGAAUAUGCGGAAUGGGCGGACAUGGCUGCCAUCCUCCAGAGGGCUUGGAAACGGUUCAUCAAUACUGUUCCGGGUGAAUGGAAACCGGAGCUUACAUUUAGAGAUUACCCUUGUAUGAGGCAGGAAAAAGGGAAUAACUUAUGUGGAUACUACGUCUGCACCUUCAUGCGUGACAUGUCCUGUCCCAAGGGUGGGGAUGCCCAAAUACACCACACUCGUAUGACACGCCUGCGGGACACUCUCAUAACAGCGGAUCAAAUAAAAGCAAUUCAAGAGGAAAUCGCGGGAUUCUUUAUUACCGAGGUCCUUACCCCAGGUGGAGAGCACUAUCGGAAGAUCGUGACGGCGGAGGAUAUUCGUUCAGGAAAAGUUGUAUUGUAAAUAUGCAUGCAUUACGUGUACUGUGUUGACUAUGUCGUGUACUGUUGACGAUGUCUAUAUAUAUUCAUGACGAUUUUUU